UGAAUAAAAAAUGACGCAUAUAAACUUAAUAGUUGUUUUCACAAUAGUAAUUGUUGGCAUUGUCAAUUGCGCACCAACAGAAAAUACAACCUCUGAACCAGUACUAAACUCUACCAGCUCGAAUGGGACUUACAAAGGAUUUUUUGGUGAUAUGGUAAAGGCACCAUUUGGUGCUGCAAGAGACGCUGUAUCGCUAGGUAAAAAUAUAUCAAAAGCAGCUAUUGGUGUUGCACAAGAAACCGCUGAGAAAGCAGUAGAUGUUUCAUUGUUACCCAUUAAAUUGAUAUUUGGAAAUUGGCGACAUGUUCAUAUCACUGGUGGAUCCCCAGCGAAACAACAGGAUUAUCCUUUUGUAGUUUCUAUACUUGAAGGAAACGAUGUAUCGAAAAAACUUUGUGGUGGAGUAAUUGUGUCCCUUCAACAUAUUUGAACAGCGGCUCAUUGUUUUGAUGGACAAAAACCGGA